AAAGGUAAAGCGGCAGUAUUUCGUUGCCUAUAGUAAUUGUGUUGGUGUGUAGCGAGGCGGUGGUGGCGGUGACGGUGGUGAUAGUGGUGAGGGUUCCCUGCUUGCCCUGCACAAGGAACAGAAACAACAACAACAACAACAACAACAUGGGUCUAAAGAAAUUGUUCUCGAGAAGUAACAAGAAGCAGCCAGUCACCUCAAGAACAGUGCUGGUGAAUGGCCGACCGCCGGAGGAGAUGUCGGAACAGCUGACGAUGCCACACUACAUAAAUAACCAAAUAAAAUCUUCAAAGUACACUUGGUUCAAUUUCAUCCCGAAGAAUCUGUUUGAGCAGUUCAGACGUAUCGCGAAUUUUUAUUUCCUCAUCGUUACUUUGAUUCAGCUAUCGAUAGAGAGUCCGGUGUCUCCUAUGACGAGCAUCCUGCCUCUCGUGUUUGUGGUGAGCGUGACGGCGGUGAAGCAAGCCUACGAGGACUGGCUGAGGCACCGCGAGGACAACAAGGUCAACAACGCCCCCGCCACGGUGCUCAGAGACGGAAAGGUCACGGAAGUGAGGAACCAGGACAUCGUGGUCGGGGACGUGGUCAUGGUGUCUGACGAGGAGGGCUUCCCAUGCGACCUGCUACUGCUGCUGUCAUCCAAUCCUGAGGCUAAGUGCGAGGUGACCACCGCCAACCUGGACGGCGAGACAAACCUGAAAACAUUCGUGUGUCCCGGGGAGACGGAGCACCUGCACACCCCGGAGGACCUGUGGGACAUGAGGGCGGUGGUGGAGUGCCAGCUGCCGCACGCCAACCUUUACGACUUCAAGGGCAGCCUAGAGGUGUACCGAGGUAAUUGUCAGCCCGCUAAGACGCCGCUGGCCACCGACAACCUGCUACUGAGAGGCGCCCGGCUACGCAACACGGCCUGGGUGUACGGUGUGGCGGUGUAUACAGGGAAGGAGACUAAAAUGGCUUUGAAUUUGAAGAUGACCAGCGCUAAGUUUUCUACUGUUGAAAAAACAAUGAACUACUUCCUCGUGUUCUACCUGGUGUUGCUGGUGGUGGAGAUUACAGCCAGCACUCUCAUCAAGUACCUGGAUCUACGAUUACCCCUUCAGGAACUGUGGGACAUGUGGUACCUGCCCGUGAGUGUUGACAUCGACGUGCCAGUGAAGGACAUCGUACAAGACACCUUCUCCUUCUUGGUGAUCUACAACUACGUCAUUCCCAUUUCACUCUACGUCACUCUCGAGAUGCAGAAGUUCCUCGGGGCGAUGUUUCUGGAGUGGGACAACGAACUCAAGGGCGGCGAAGGCAACGAGAGGUGCAAGUGUAACACCUCCGAUCUCAACGAGGAGCUGGGGCAGAUCAAGUAUUUGUUCACGGACAAGACGGGGACACUGACGGAGAACACCAUGUUCUUUCGCCAGUGUUCGGUAGAUGGCGUAAAGUAUGUCAGCACGGAUGGAGAGAUACAACAGUUGAACGAAGAUAAUAACAACAAGGAAUUGGCUGUCUCUCCGUGGCCCACUGCACUAGAGGACUUCUUGGUAACCUUAGCCCUGUGCCACACUGUACAAGUCACCUCGAAGUCCAAGGCAAAAGGAGAGGUGACAGUGACAUCUGGCGACACCAUGUGUAUGGUAGAUCUCUCACACCGUUACCAAGCCUCUAGUCCUGACGAGAAGGCUCUGGUGGAGGCGUGUGCAAGCUUUGGCGUGGUGUUCGAGGGCCAGCAUAAAGACACCCUAGUGCUCACCGUGCAGGGACACAACAGGAGGUACACUCGUCUGCAGGUCCUCGACUUUGACUCAGACCGCAAGUGCAUGUCGGUUGUGGUACGCGAAGACUGGUCGGGGCGCCUGUGGCUACUGACCAAAGGCGCCGAGAGCAGCGUGCUGAGGCGCUGCCGAGUGCAGAGCGAAAAGGAGCAGCGACUCCAUGACGCCACGGCGACCCACAUCGACGACUACGCCCUGGCCGGUCUCCGCACGCUGGCGGUGGGUCGCCGGGAACUCAGCGAUCACCAGUACCAGCUGUUCGCCACACAGCUGUCUGAGGCACGGAUGAUGAUGGAGGGACGCGAGGAGGCGGUGAGGAAAGUGAUGGAUCAGAUGGAGACCGAACUGACCUUGCUGGGAGCCACCGGAGUAGAGGAUCUGCUUCAGGAGGGUGUUCAAGAAACACUGGAAUCUCUGCGGGUGGCGGGCAUCAAGGUGUGGGUGCUGACUGGCGACAAGGUGGAGACGGCGGUCAACAUCGCCUACUCGUGCGGUCACUUCAAGAGGUUCAUGACGGUGCUGUCUCUGACUGGCCUGCAGGACGUAGAGCACGCCGCCGCCAGGCUGCAGCAGUGCACCCAGGAGUCCCAAGCUGAGGGGAACUACGGGCUGGUGGUGGAUGGCUCCUCCUUGCAGGUGCUUCUUGACAAUCUCAAAGACGACUUCUACUCUGUGUGCUCCAGGUGCAUUGCCGUCGUCUGCUGCAGGAUGUCCCCCAAACAGAAGGCAGAGACCGUGCGGCUGGUGAAGAAGAGUAAAGAGAGGCCGGUAUGUGCCGCCAUCGGUGAUGGUGCCAAUGAUGUGUCCAUGAUCCAGGAAGCUCACGUAGGGCUGGGAGUGAUGGGCAAGGAGGGACGCCAGGCGGUGAGAUGCGCCGACUUCGCCUUCGCCCAGUUUCGAUUUCUGAAGAAGCUGCUGUUGGUGCACGGCCACUGGUACUACGUGAGGGUGUCCACGCUGGUCCAGUACUCUUUCUACAAGAACGUCACCUUCAUCACGCCGCAGCUCUUCUACGCCAUCUGGAACGCCUUUUCAACGCAGAGUGUCUACGACAGCCUGGCGCUUACAAUGUACAAUAUCACCUUCACCUCCCUGCCUGUCAUCAUCUACGGCAUCUUCGACCAAAAUAUACCUGCCUACGUGCUUAUGGAAAAGCCGCACCUGUAUAAAAACAAUGCCAACAAUGCGGGGCUCGCCCCUCCGCGGUUUCUCAAGUGGACUCUUUUGGGGUUGUGGCACUGCUCCGUCAUGUAUUUUGGGCUGAUGCUAACCUGCGCUGACGACACUUGUGGACUUCCUGGCGGACAGACCUCGGAUUUAUUUCUAUUCGGCACAACUCUUGUCUCUAUUUGCGUCAUAGUCACGAAUUUCAAGCUGAUUCUGGAGGUGCGCUACUUCACCCAAAUAUUCUUCUGGUCCAUGGUCAUCACGCUGGUGGGUUAUGUCGCUUUGUCGCUGCUCUACCAAGGCUUCAUCAUUGAUUUCUUCGGAAACCAAGGCGUGUACUGGACCUACUACCGCAUGUUCGAGAGCUGCUCCCUCAUGCUGGCGUCCAUCCUUCUCACCGUCACCUGCCUGCUGCCCGACGUGGUGGACCAGGUGAUCCUUGCCUCCAGGGACGUGCGGGUCACCCAGGAGAGCCACAAGAAACUACAAGCCGUGAUACCCAAAUCAUACGUCGGAAUCUCCAACGACGCUUUUGUGUACGAUGAAGGAAGAAGUGCGUGGGAGGUGACGCGGGUGAGCAACACGCCCAACUCCCACCGCACACACACAGCAUUAGCCACCGCUCCCAACGACUCUACUGCUGCCCACAGCCCCGCCAUGCAGCAGCUCACCAUUGAAAAUUUACAGAAACUGGACAAUAAAACAAUGACAUUUGGCGAGACUGUCAACUUGGAUACGAUCAUGGAGGAGAGCAGCAUAUGGUCUCAGGAAAGUGUUGUGAUCUGACAUCAGCGUCUCAGGCGGAGCGGAAUCUAGUCAACGGCUGUGCCCGCUAAAGGAGUUGUUACAGUGCAAAGACGUGUCGGAAUAGAAACAUUAUCUAUAUUCUCUUCAUAUCAGACUGUGAGGACGUUCCGAUGACCUACUGUGAUCGUGGCUGGGAUACCUAGUCCUUCCCCUGAUCUGAGCAAUUUUAAGGUCGUGACUCGUCAGCUGCAUGUGGCUUGUCGAAAGAUCAGCUCAGACAGUGAAUAAUAAAAUAUGUUCCCUCCGCCACAGCAUGAAGAAAUUCAUUCUUUCUGAGAACUGUCGCCAAGAUAGGAGGGCAUCAGAAAAGAGAGAAAUGUUACUUGCUUAAUUUUACUUGCA